GCUUCGCUGCCUUCCUUCCCCACUACUGCUCCACCACCACCCUGCGCUCCGGCGGAAGCAGAGCAAAAUUCCCCAAACCCCAGCGAAAUUCGAAUCAAGCUCCAAUGCAGCUCCUCCUCCUGCUGCUCCUCGCCGCCGCCGCCGCCCGCGCCUCCUCCUCCGACGACCCCUUCCUCUCCGGCGCGCAGGCGAACCACAGCUACAACAUCGACUGCGGGGGGACGUCCAACUUCACCAGCGCCUUCGGCCGCAGGUGGCUCUCCGACCGCUACUUCUCGGCGGGGGGGAACGCCGGGAUGGUGGCGGAGCCGCACCGGUUCCCGCAGCCGCAGGAGCGCACGCUGCGCUUCUUCCCGCCUUCCUCCGCCGGCAAGUCCUCCUGCUACUCCCUCCCGCUCCAGUCGCCCGGCCGCUACUACCUCCGCGUCUUCACCGUCUACGACAACUACGACUCCAAGCUCCGCUCCCCGUCCUUCGACGUCUCCGCCGCCGCCACGCUCGUGCUCUCCUUCCGCUCCCCAUGGCCCGAGACCGCCGCGCGCUACGGCGCCUACUCCGACCUCAUCUUCCCCUCCGACGACUCCGGCUCCGGCGCAACCGACGUCUGCUUCUACUCGCUCUCCACCGACGCCCCCGUCGUCGCGUCCAUCGAGGUCGCCCCCGUCCACCCGCUCGCCUACGACGGGGCGUCCACGGGCUCCGGCCUCGUCCUCGUCAACUACGGCCGCCUCACCUGCGGGAACUCCCUCUUCGGCCCCGGCUUCACCAACGACUCCGACGCCUUCUCCAGGGUCUGGCAGGCGGGCACGGACUUCCGCAACAACGACCUCACCUACGACGCCAUCACCGCCGGCGGCCGGAAGAUCUUCGGCAGCAACCAGCCGCCCAAUUACUUCCCCACCAAGAUGUACAGGUCCGCCGUCACCACCGGCGGGGACGACACCAACGAGAUCGAGUACCUCAUGCCGGUCGACACCAGGAUGUCCUACAUGGUCUGGCUGCAUUUCGCCGAGAUCGACGCCGGGGUCAGGGCCCCUGGGCAGAGGGUGUUCGACGUUAUGCUCGCCGGGAAGAAUGUCACCAGGAUCGACAUCUUCAAGCAGGUCGGAGGCUUCACGGCGUUCAAGUGGACCUACAUUGUGGAGAAUCUGACGAGCUCCAUCAUGAGUGUGAAGCUUGUGCCGGUGGUUGGACGGCCCAUUCUUUGCGGGCUAGAGAACUAUGCAAUGGUGCCGCUUGAGAUGAGGACGGUGCCAAACCAAGCGGCUGCAAUGAAGGCACUGAAGGAUUCACUCAAAAUUCCAGCCAGGAUGGGUUGGAAUGGGGACCCUUGUGCCCCAAAGAGGUGGGAUGCAUGGGAGGGAGUCACUUGCCAUCGCGGUAACAAAGGGCUUGUGAUCACUCAGCUGGAUCUUGCAAGUCAAGGACUGAAAGGUUUCAUCACUGAUGAAAUAAGUCAUCUGACAGACUUGGUAAGCUUGAACUUGAGCUCUAAUUCCUUGACUGGAAGCUUGCCACCAGGUUUAGGCCAACCUUCACUUGCGACACUGGAUCUGUCCUCGAACCAGUUUACUGGGAGUAUUCCUGGCACCAUUGGCUCAUCUAAAUUACAGACUGUUUUACUAAAUAGCAAUCAGCUCGACGGGCAAGUUCCAGAAGUACUUUAUUCAGUUGGUGUGCAUGGUGGUGUGAUAGAUCUGUCAGGUAAUAAAGGUCUGUGUGGGGUGCCUACUCUACCUGCUUGUGCAUUAUUCUGGGAGAAAGGAGGCUUGAACAAAACCGGGAAAAUUGCACUUGGAGCCUCAUUUGGACUUCUUCUGCUCGUCAUACUUAUAGUGGUCUACAUAGUGUGCAUAAGACGGGGACCAUAUGACUACGAUUUUGAGUUCCCUCAAGAUUUGACUUCGAUAUCAGCAAUCUCAGCAAAAAGGAACAGGUAUCAGCGGGCGAAGUCAGUGAUGCUUGCAGAGAUGGAGGCACACAGCACAGACGGUUUCUACACGAACGGGGGCACUCAUUGAGUGACGCACGCUGGAAACGGCCUCCGGUCAGUGUAUAUUCAAAGAGUGAACAUUCAUGCAUAUGAUGGCUGCAGGCUUGAAGCGGGGACAGAACGUGGCGGUUUAAUUUUGCCAGCAUCAUCGGCAUGGUGCACUUGUAGGCUCCAUUCCAUGCCAUUCUUUUGCAGAUACAGGAACCCACGAUGUAACAUAUGUCAGAUGUGUAGUAAUGUACUAUAUGAGGGGUUUAGUGGCAAUUUUCCUCUUCGGAGGCAUUUGAUCCAGGUUAAGUUCGCCGUUGGUUGUAGCUUUAGGCAGUCAUGUCCAGUAAUUAAAUUUAAAUGGACCAUGUAAGAGCAACCAAAAGACUGGCGGAUUCAGGCGUUGUAUGCUGCUGGGGUGUGUAUUGUGUAACUAGUUAGGUUAAUUACUGACCAAGGCAGGAAAGCCAAGAGUUUGCUUUUGAAUUAGUGUUGUUACCACACGAAGUAACUCGAGUUUUUUUUU